UUGUGUGUCCAUGCAGACAUGCAGGCGGAGGCGACCACCGCCGGGAACGCGACCACCGCCGGGAACGCGACGGCCUGCGAUCCGCCGUACGACCAGGCCCGUGUCCCCAUGGUAGUCCUCUACAGCGUCGUCUUCGUCGUGGGCUUCCCCGCCAACCUCCUCACCUUGUGGUUCACCUGGAGGCAGGUGCGGCGCAAGAACGUGCUGGGGGUCUACCUGUGCAGCCUGUCUGUGUGCGACCUGAUCUACCUGUCGACGCUGCCCCUGUGGGCGCUCUACAUCGACGGCUGCCACAAGUGGGCCUGGGGCUCCCACGCCUGCCAUGUCACCGGCUUUGUCUUCUACACCAACAUGUACAUCAGCAUCCUGCUGCUAUGCUGCGUCUCGUGCGACCGCUACGUGGCCGUGCGCUACGCCCUGGAGUCGCGUGGCCUGCGGCGCCCACGCGUUGCCGCGGGCAUCACGGCGGCCAUCGUGGCGAUGGUGAUGGCGGCGCACGUGCCCGUCUUCUUGAUGCGCGAGGGCGACACGGAUCACAAGAUGCGCGAGGGCGACACGGAUCACAAGAUGCGCGAGGGCGACACGGAUCACAAGCUGGAUAUGAGGUGCUUCGAGCCGGAUCACACCCCCAGCCAAUACGUCACGGCCUUCAACUACGCGCGCUUCUUCCUGGGAUUCGUGGUGCCGCUGGCGCUGCUGACCACCUCAAACUACGGCGUCCUGCGCGCGGUGCGCGCCAGCCACUCGCUGCAGCUCGGCCAGAAGAGGCGUGUGCGCUGGCUGGCGGUCGCCGUGGUGACGCUGUUCCUGGUGGGCUUCGCGCCGUACCACCUGGUCCUGCUGGUGCGCGCCGUCUUCUCCCACUACCCUGAGCUUAAUUUUGCUUUCUCCAGGUGGAUCUACGCGCCGUACUACGUGUCUCUGGGCUUCUCCACCCUCAACAGCGCCUGCAACCCCCUCCUCUACGUGCUGUCCAGCGGGGACGCGCGCGAGGAGCUGUCCCUAGCGCUGCGGGGUCAGAGCGAGGUCACAAUGGGGACAGCCUGGGGGUGUAAUGGAGAGGUGACAACACGUCCGAUACUAUAUAGUAGUGGUUCGAGGACUCAGUACGACGUCGGCUCGGGAACGAGGGGGGAGAGCGUUCAGUUGGCCUAUAUGUGACGCUACUUCUCUGAAACAUCCAAAUUAUUCCUGGAGGCCUCCUAGAGCCGGACGCUACAAGCUACCGACGUGAGGGGCUUUUACAGGUAAUAUGUUUGACAGCUAGUGUGCAACAACAUGUUCUGGUGAACCCCACAGGGAACGAACACUAGCGGCUCUCUGUUGACCAGGAUAGUCUCCACUUGUAGGCUCUCAGUGUGUUGUCAUGAGGAGACUCGGGGAGAGGAGAGAGAACCUUUUCGAAGAAGCAGUGAAAUACUCCCCGCUAUUGAGAAUAGCCUACCUGGUGCGUUGCCUUGUAAUCAACAAUUCCUCACUUUUUUAAAUAAAAUACGCUUUGAUUUGCAGAUGGUUAGUGUAUUUUUUUGUUCUCCCACCUCAUCAUGUCAGAUCCAUCUGCGGUAUAUAGUCUGCUGGGCAAGAGGCCUGAAGUGCACACCGUAUAGCUAAAAAACGUUGUAAACCCAAAUUUGUAUGCAUUUCUGGGCGUGGAGUCAUCAACACGACUUAACACGAAAACAUAUGCCCGUUGGGAAUGUCUUUUUUUAUUAGGUGAACUGUAAAUCUUUCUAUGUUAUACCGUAAACUGUUCAUUAUCAUUAUUCAGAUGGCGAUUAAAUAUGGGUGUAUUGUUCACUUCAACUAAGCGGAUAUGAGAGAAGAUACAAAAUAAUUCCAAAUAACACCUAGGCCUACAUACAGUGGCGGCUUGUGAUUAUUUGUGGGUGGGACGUAGUCAUGGACGGAGGGUCUGGAGGAACUCCCCCAGAACAUUUUGAAUGUGGUAGAUGUGAUGUGACCUAAAAUCAUUUAGAUUGAGAGCCUAUGUAUAGGUUAACUAACAUACGUUAAUUUCAUAUUUUCCAUGCACAAAUGCAUUUUGAACAUUUCUGCCCUCGUCAAACAACAAACCCACAUGUGUGCAAAGAUCGUUCAAUCACUGGACAAAAAGGUCUGGGGCGGGGUAAAGGGUAAAAUAUAAAAAGUAAGUAGGCUAAACAAUCAUGGAUAUCUGAUAUACAUUGAUCUGCGGACCGGUCGAACUCCUCUCAUCCUGAUUCUGAAUGUUAGAUGCAUCUGCAUUUUUAUGUGUGUUUUCCAGCAUACUUUUUACAUGCUUUUGUCAGACAGUCGGGUGAAAAUGGGUCGUGGCUCGACAUGGAGCAAAGAGGAGACGGAAUGUCUAUUGGAUAUCGGACGCAAAUAUCCAAUAGACGUUACGACAAUUGUGCUGCUAAACUUAGUUACCGCUAUCAAACAAUAAUAACAAUAAUGUGAGCGGGUGCCUGUUAAGCACUGCGGUCACGCCAGCCGCACUUUGGAAAAGCCCCGUCAAGCCAGCCGCCGCUUAAUAUCUGUUGCGCAUCUAUUACUGCACUUACGGCACGGUGCCCGACUAGGCCAAAAUGGAUGGGAAAGCAGUUUUUUAUACCCGGUGCAACGGUUAAACAUGGGGGUUAUUACAGGUUUGCUGAUAUUUUCAAUGGAUUAUUGUUAUACACUUUGAGAGUGGGAGGGACUUUGAAUUUAAUUUAUUAUAAAACCAUACAGUAAAAUGUUUUGAUAUGUUAUACAGUGAUAGUCAGGAUCACUGUGAACAAGAAUCCAUUGAAAA